AUGGCAGCCAACGCGACCGAGGCGUGUCUUAUUGACCCCAACCCAGAUGUGGUCGGCGUCGGGAUCCGCGUCUCCCUCUACGUUCUCGCCCUCGCCAACCACCUCUGCGCCUACACCUUCCACUCGGCCGAGCUCACCACCGCCAUCGAAUCGUCCCUCGGCGUCACGGGCCUCGCCAUCUUCCUGACCACCGUCAUCAUCACGGCGCGCGGCGAAUUCGACCUGUUCCACGCCCUCUGCGUCUUCCACCUCCUCGGCAUCGUGGGGCUCGCUGCCCGCCCCGUGGGGCGCUACCCCGCUGGCGUCGUCCGCCGUGUUGUCUUUUCGGCGUUUUACGUCCUUGUUUCGGUCGGCACGCUGGUUUAUCUGAUUUAUGUGUUUGCUACGGCGCCGACGUUUGGGGGUAGCGCCGAGUGCAACGGCAGCGUUGUGUAUGUGUUUUUCGGCGUCGACAUUCAGGCGACCAGCCCCGUUCUUCGCUGGUUGUUUGUCGGCGCCCUUGGGAUCCUGCUCUUUGCUCUCGGCUGUGCCUUGCUGCUUGUCGCUUGCGUGAGCAUCGAUGUGCUGUUUGGCCGUGACUUUCGGGGCUUUUUCGGCGGCGGGCAGGAUGGAGGUGAGGCAAAGAAGAGGCCGGCUGUGUACCAGCUCGUCAGCUACCUGGCCGGUACGAUAUAUCUUCUUGUGAUGCUGGAGCUGAUGGUGCGACGGAACCCGCUCGGUCCUGGGCUGGACGAGUAG